GAGAUGAUUGAUCGAUGAUGCGAAGACCGAUUGAGUCGGUCUGGUUUGGUGAAAGACUUGUUGUCAAAGAUGGCAGCGUCGUCGUCGUCUUCAUUGCGUGUUUACAGCGCAAUACUUAAAGAACUGCGGUCCAUGCAAGGACGCAAUUACAAGCAGUCGCUGGCGUACUCUUAUGUCAAGGACCAGUUUCGUAAAAAUAAGGUGACAGGAGAGAGGUACUGCCGUGCCCAGCAGGAGGCGCUCCAUGCUUCCCAAACGUACCUGUGUCUGCUGACAUCCACAAGGAACCACCAGGCCCUGCACGACCUCUACCACGGGAAGGGAGAGCGCAGCCCGGAGGAGGUGGCCGGCCUGGUGGGGCUCAGGUUGCCCACUCAGCCUGGAGGCAAAGGCUGGGAGAAGUGACCUCUGUGGGGCGUGACGACGGGAUAAGGAUGCCUCGGGAACUUUGAGCAAAGGGAUGAGUGAAAGAGUAACGGCUGUGGACUGUACCUGCUAUCCCCCACGGAAGACAUAUAUGUACGGAGAAAUACAUGAUAAAUAUAUUUACGUCACGGUUUAUAAAUAUCUCAUUUUGUUCUUGUCCUGCAAAUGUUGGAAUAUGUUGAAAAGCCGGAGCAGACAUUCACAAGAACUGUUUGGGUUUGAUUCGAUUCUCUAUUAAACAAUGA